AACACGCGGUGACGUCAAUUCGAAAAACGUUGUUUACUUCCUGAGGCUCACAAACACUCUUCUGGUAUGGCAAAAAUUUAACACAUGCUAACAUUUAUAAACGAUAACGCGCAUGUGCUGUCUACAGUUUUACAUCUGACACGUUGUUUUCUCCAGCGUUCGACUGUGGAUUCAUUAGGAUGGUGAAAGUUACCCAGACAUCAAUCUAGAUGGCUAAAGUUAGCAUUAGCUGCACAGCUGGACAGUUUAUCAUAAAUGGACAUAGUUUGACUGAGCGAAGUGCUUAGCCCUUUCUUUACGCUGAUUUAAGUACCAAGUCGCUUCUGGUGGAACCGUAUCAUUGCAAAAUCAUUAUAAAUAUCUGAUUAAACUGUAUGAAUUUUUUGUGUAGAUAGCAGCAGUUUCAUUUAUAAAUAAAUCUACAUAUGGCUUUACAUCAGUCUGACAGAGAGUUAUAUCCCAAGGCAAAUCCCAUCCUGCCAGUCAACAAUUAAAACUACAUGACUGUACCCAUCUGAAAGACAGCUGACCCAGUAAGUCGUUCAUCUAGUAUUCAGGUGAAGCUGCUUUGGAUUAAAGGUGCCAUGGAGUUCGGUGAAGACGGGGGUUACAGUGUUGGAGGUCCAUCAGGGGAUGAAAACUACUUCCAGGGCUACACAUUCACAGAUCGUUCCCAUUCCAGUCGUGUUGUGAAGAGCAUCAUGGACUUGUGUCUGGAGGAUGGGUUGUUUGCAGACGUCACCAUCACCGUGGACAGCAAACAGUUCCAGCUUCACCGCCUGGUGCUCUCGGCACAGAGCUGCUUCUUCAGGUCCAUGUUCACCUCUAACCUUAGAGAAGCUUUUGAUCGUAAUAUUGAGCUGAAGGAUGUCAGUGCACCAGUCUUCCAGUCUUUGGUAGACUACAUCUACCAUGGGACCAUCAAACUAAGGGUUGAAGAUCUGCAGGACACUUAUGAGAUGGCUGAUAUGUAUCAGCUCACUGCCCUGUUUGAGGAGUGCUCUCGCUUCCUGUCACGAACUGUGGAUAUCAAGAACUGCCUCCAGGUGAUGUGGUUGGCGGACAGACACAGUGACCAGGAGUUGUAUACAGCUGCUAAGCACUGUGCGAAGAUUCACCUGAUUCAGCUAAACCAGACAGAAGAGUUCCUGAACUUGCCAUUGUGCCUUCUCGUGGAUAUCAUUAAAGAUGGUGUGCCAAGCUCACAAAAUCCAACUGCAGCUAUUAACUCUUGGAUAAAUCACAACAAAGUCGAACGAGAGGAAUAUUCUGAUAUGCUUCUAGACAGCCUAAAGGAGAUUGGUGAAAAGGUGCACAUAUACUUAAUUGGGAAGGAAGACACACGCACACACUCAUUGGCAGUGUCUCUUCAUUGUGAUGAGGAUGACGCCAUCAGUAUCAGUGGCCAAAACAGCUUGUGUCACCAGAUCACAGCUGCCUGCAAGCAUGGGGCUGAUCUAUAUGUUGUAGGGGGCUCCAUUCCACGACGCAUGUGGAAAUGCAACAUGCACACUAUGGACUGGGAGCGCUGCGCCCCUCUGCCCCGGGACCGUCUGCACCACACGUUAGUGUCUGUGUCCACAGAGGAUGCCAUAUACUCAUUGGGAGGCAAGACCCUCCAGGACACUCUCUCCAAUGCUGUCAUUUACUACACAGUACAGGACAACAUAUGGAAAGAGACCACUCAGCUAGACACAGCUGUGUCAGGUGCAGCCGGAGUCAAUCUGGGAGGCACCAUUUACCUUUUGGGUGGGGAGGAAAAUGACAUGGACUUCUUUACCAAACCGUCUCGACUUAUCCAGUGCUUUGAAACGGCCACACAGAGGUGUCAGACCAAGCCCUACAUGCUGCCUUUUGCCGGAUGCAUGCAUGCCACCGCUCAUAAGGACCUUAUCUUUGUGGUGGCAGAGGGCGACUCUCUGGUGUGCUAUAACCCACUGCUGGACAGCUUCACUCGGCUACGCUUCCCUGAAGUGUGGAGCUGCGUGCCAUCACUAUGGAAAGUGGCCAGCUGCAACGGAUGUAUCUACGUUUUUAGGGACAAAUGCAAGAAAGGUGAUGCAAACACUCUGAAGUUGAAUCCUGCCACAUCGGUUGUCUCAGUAAUCAAGGGAAUCAAAAUCCUCCUCACAAACUGGCAGUUUGUUUUGGCCUGAGAUGUUCUACGUAAUGCAUUGGAUCAUGAUAAAUGUACUAUGGUGAUAUCAGUUACAGUCUGUGAUAUUGAUUGAAUAGACAGCAGUCAUGUAGAAGUUGUUACUGUGAUACAAUGGUACAAGCUUUAUAAUGUCAUGCGAAGUGUUACACAGUAGAACAACGUAAAGUGUUAAUGAAGGCCAAAUGUAAUGUGUGAUGUUUGUCAUUUGCAGUUGACCAUUGAAG